CAUCCGUCAUCCUUGCAGAGCAUUGCAACUUUAUGCCUACGCAUAAAAACUGGAGGGACUCGUCCCAGAGUUUGCUGCUGCUGCCGCCGCUGCCAUUAGAGCCGUUUUAAUUAGCUGCAGGAUUUUUAAUGAGCUGAAAUCAAGAAGAGCCCCAUCUCAGAAGUAAGCGAGAGCCGCACACAGGGAACUAGUCUGACAAAACAGAAGGAGGUAGUGCUCUCGGGGGACCAGGCUAUGGGCUCGCACCGACCGAUGGAUUGGCGAGGAGCAGAUGAGUUCCUGAGGCCAGGAGGCUGAGGAGGGAAGCUGGGGCCAGUGCAGAGUCCCUGCUGCUGCCACCGUGGCAGAAGGCACGGUGCCGGAUUCAAGGUGACGGCAGUGCCUGGCUCCAUUCUCCUCAAGUUGCCAUAGCAGCCUCUCUCCCAACAAGCAGCUUCUCUGGGAGCCCUCAGCCGGGAGGGACGUCAUUGUUCUCUCCUGCCCAUGUGGUGCAAGGAGACCCACCGGACAGAGAACUUUCCCGAGCCCGGGGUCCGCUGACCACGUGGGUGCACCUAUGCUGCCUGGAGCCAGGCACAGGGACCGGUCCCCACGGCCACAGGGGGUCCUCUGGGCAGCUGGGGGGAGCGUCCAGGCCUGGAAGCAGCCGCAGCCAAGCGUGUCCUUGGAGCCGUCCGUGCGUCUGUCCGCCUGCUGCCGGUCGCCACUGGAGACCUUGGCCUGAUGGAUGCCUGGUGUGUACGAUGAGGGAAGAACGUGCCUCCCACACCCGAGAGGUGACCCCGGAGCAAGCCCCGGAUGACCCAGCGACCUAGAACGAUGCGGUUAGCCUGCAUGUUCUCAUCUGUCCUGCUGUUCGGAGCUGCAGGCCUCCUCCUCUUCAUCAGCCUGCAGGACCCCACGGAGCUCACAUCACAGCAGGCACCAGGAAUAAAGUUCAGCAGGCCAUGGCAGCCCCACCAGGACCUCCCACCCGGUGGCUCCAAGGAUAGUGACUUGGAGGUUCCCACAGAGAGGGUCUCUCGAGACUUGUCCAGCCGGGCCCCAAGGGGCCUCACCCUGCCAGUGCCUGACCAGCCUCAACCCCUGCUGCAGAGGGGGACCCGUCUGCGACUCCGCCAGCGCCGUCGCCGUCUGCUCAUCAAGAAAAUGCCAGCUGUGGCAACCAUCCUGGCCAACAGCUCGGAGACACCCUGCAUCCGGCCGGGACCCAGGACCCUGGACGGCCGCUGGAUCAGCCUGCACCGGAGCCAGCAGGAGCGAAAGCGGGUCAUGCAGGAGGCCUGUGCCAAGUACCGGGCGAGCAGCAACCGCCGGGCCAUCACGCCCCGCCAUGUGUCCCGUAUCUUUGUGGAGGACCGUCACCGCGUGCUGUACUGUGAGGUGCCCAAGGCCGGCUGCUCCAACUGGAAGCGGGUGCUCAUGGUGCUGGCCGGCCUGGCCUCGUCCACCGCUGACAUCCAGCACAACACCGUCCACUAUGGCAGCGCCCUCAAGCGCCUGGACACCUUCGACCGCCAGGGCAUCUUGCAUCGCCUCAGCACCUACACCAAGAUGCUCUUCGUCCGUGAGCCCUUCGAGAGGCUGGUGUCUGCCUUCCGCGACAAGUUCGAGCACCCCAACAGCUACUACCACCCGGUCUUCGGCAAAGCCAUCUUGGCGCGGUACCGGGCCAAUGCCUCUCGGGAAGCCCUGCGGACAGGCUCCGGGGUGCGCUUCCCUGAGUUCAUCCAGUACCUGCUGGACGUGCACCGGCCUGUGGGUAUGGACAUUCACUGGGACCACGUCAGCCGGCUCUGCAGCCCCUGCCUCAUUGACUACGACUUUGUGGGCAAGUUCGAGAGCAUGGAGGAAGAUGCCAACUUCUUCCUGAGCCUGAUCCACGCGCCGCGGAACCUGACCUUCCCCCGGUUCAAGGACCGGCACUCACAGGAGGCGAGGACCACGGCCAGAAUCGCCCACCAGUACUUCGCCCAGCUCUCGGCCCUGCAACGGCAGCGCACCUAUGACUUCUACUACAUGGAUUACCUGAUGUUCAACUACUCCAAGCCCUUUGCAGAUCUGUACUAAGGGGCAGCGCAGCUGGUCAGGCCACCCUGCCCUAGUCACUCACCUGUGCUCUCAGGCACCCUCCUGUCCUUGGUUCCUCAUCCUGGGAGCUGAGAGGUUCCCUGAGCAACAGGGCUCUGAGGAGCCAUGGCCGCGGAUGGGGGCCCCUGGCCUGGGCUUGUUUCCUCACUCCUUGGCUGAGGGAGACGCUGAGGACUAGGACAGACACCCCCAAAGCAGGGAAGUCUGAGGCCCAAAGGAUGGGUCCCCAGCGGUAAGGGAUGUCCUGCACUCCCUUAGCCAUUGCCUUGGACCAAACCACAUGGUUUGCAGCUUUUCUAUGAGCGAGGGGGGAGGUUUCCAUGGAUUUAGGUUCCCAAUAAAGCACAUGGUUUCCAGA